ACAACUUGACGCAGCUGGUUUACUUCUGGCUUCGUGGCUCAUUGAAUCGAUCAGCUAACGUUUAUUUGUCGAUUGCGUUAAACUGCACCAGGGGGAAAAUGUCGUAUUUAUUGGCCACACUUGUAGCCGCAGUGCUGCUCAGUUCGGAGGGUUUGGGGAAAACUGUAACGGGACUUUUUAAGAGCGAAGUGGCGAGACAGGAGAAUGGCCAGUUCAUCACUAAAUUCAUGUACCAAGGUGAUAACGGUUUGUUGGUGUGCCGGCUGGACAACUCUGCUCUGGCCAUAGAAAAGGAGUCCAGACUGCUGUUGUACCAGGAUAUGGACUCAGACCUGGACAACCUCAGCUGUACCGAGAGGCUCGGCAGAGCCCACUUCACCAUUUCUCUCAAUCAAAAAGAGCACAACCAGACGAUCCCUCGUCAGUCCUCCCCUACAGCCUGGCAGGCCCUGUAUGCAGACAGAUAUACAUGUCAGGAAAGUGCAGUGAUUCCUUCUCAUGCUGAUCUCAGUUUUACUGUCUUGCUGUUUAACGCCGACUCAGCUGGAAACCCUCUGGAGCACUUCAGCGCAGAGGAGGCAGGUCUCCACAGUUUUUACUUCCUCCUGCUGUUGGCCUACUUCAUAGCCUGCUGUAUCUACAUCCAGCCUCUGUACCAGGCCCUGAAAAAAGGAGGACCCAUGCACACUGUCUUCAAAGUGCUCACCACAGCGCUGGCAUUACAGGGCUGCUCCGCUCUCUGCAACUACAUCCACUUGGCCAGGUAUUCUCGAGAUGGUAUUGGUAUUCCUGUGAUGGGCAGCCUGGCAGAGUUCUGGGACAUGGUGACCCAGGUGUCCAUGCUGUACAUGUUACUGAGUCUGUGUAUGGGCUGGACUCUGAGUCGAGGCAGGAAGCCUCAGUCCAGGCCUCUGCAGUGGGAACAGUCUCCGGCCUCCACGGCUGUCGCUGUUGGUGGAGUUGUUACACAGGGAGUGCUGCUGCUGUGGGAGCAGUAUUCAGAGUCAGAGAGUGAACAUCACAGCUACCACGCCCAGCAGAGUCUGGCAGGUAUCCUCCUCAUGGCCCUGAGAGUGGGCCUGGCUCUCCUGCUGGCCUCUGUCCUCUACCAGAUCAUCUCCACUGAAAGGAGCACCCUGAAGAGAGACUUCUACCUCAGCUUUGCCAAGGGAUGCUUCCUGUGGUUCCUCUGUCACCCGGUCCUUUUCCUCAUGUCUGUUAUCUUCAACGAGCACCAGAGAGAGAAGGUGGUGACUAUCGGCGUGAUCCUCUGCCAGUCCAUCUCCAUGGUGAUCCUCUACCAGCUCUUCCUGUCUCGCUCUCUCUACUGGGAGGUCUCCUCUCUCUCCUCUGUGUCUCUGCCGCUCACCAUGUCCAGGACGAACCACAGAGGGCGCUACUGAGCACAUCCACCAUCACACUUCACCCGAUCAUCACGGGAGAGGGGGAACGUGCUGCGACACAAAAGGUCUCUCCUCCACCCUGUCAGAGGAGGGAGACCUCGUGAGCAUGAAGACAAGGAGUGCUGUAACACUGCAGGGACAGUUCUCCUUUGCUGUUAAUGGUUUCCUGGGAGAAUAAUCUAGAAAGCAAGUCACCAAGUUACCAGGAAAUAAUAGCACAGGCAAGAGAAUGGCCAGAGGAUGAUAUUUACAGCAACGCCCUACCUCUAGUGAUAGAUGAUUUUUGACUUGACAUUGCUGAGCAUCAGGAAAAGUUAUUUAAUGCAGGAGCACCUAGAGAAGAGACAGGAUGUCCUAACAGCUGACAUACACAGCUGAAUACAAGGAUGAAGAAGCAUCGGCAACAUCAAGAUUUUAAGGAUACAUCUGCUGGUGAGGUAGAAGUCCAAAAUGAGUGGAGAUUUACUCUUGACAGUGCAGAAGGUAGAGAUGGUUUGGUCGUUAAGGACACAGGUCAAAAUCAUAUUCUUGCUAGGUUUAUUGUUGUGUUCAAGGCAAUGUCUGUGAACUUGUCUUGCUCAUUUAACUAGACAUAGAUCAUAUACCCAAAGAGAUAGAUUGUAAGAUAGAUUUAAGAAAGAUAAAGCUGAUGUUAUUCUAGACUUUUUCUUACUGUCAACAAAUCCCAUGAAAAGAACAAAACCAACACGCAACUUUCAAUAAUUCCUUACACGUUGUAUGUGGAGAGGUGUAGCUCCCAGCCCCAAGCCCACUGGUCCAUACAGUAAGCUGCUCAUAUCUAAUUUCAUUUUUGAAAAAGUGCAGUAAUUUCCUAAAACAUUUAGGUCCUGUAACUUUUAGCAAGGAUCACUCAACAGGAAUAAAUAGUGUAUGUGUUGGGGACUAGGUUCAGCUGCGGAUUAAUUAAAAUAAAAUAAAUAAAAACACAUUUGGUGCACUGGUGAGAGUUUACGCCAGCACAACAGUGAAUGUGGGAUUGAAUCAAUCCACAUUUGUCAUAACAAAGGAACACGUCAGCCUGUGCAGCAAUGUGGAUUAUUAAUUUGAAUACUUUUUGGGCAACAAUGGAGCUGUAUGGCCCAGAAGGAGAUAUAUCAGUCUCUGAUGUACAGUCAGAUAUUUUCAUUGUUGGCUUUGGUCUUCUCAUCCGAUUCUUUGACAGUAAGAAAACAGAUUUAAGGAUGGAUAGCUCAGUGGAUCAGGAGGUGGUUAGUGGAGGUGGUUUAAGGUGGAUAUACACAGGUGUAGAAAUGGACAAAGUUUGGACAGAUGGAUACAGUAUGUGUAAAGAACGGUUUUCUUAGAUGGCUAAAUGAAAAGGAUUGAUUUAUUUUUGUCUUUGCACAUCCAAAGUGAUGAACAUGAGCCAAACGAUCAGUGUGUGUGCUCCCUGCACUCACUGAUCAAGCCGUACUUUAAGUUAUUUCUUCACUCUCGACAUGAAUAUAUGAGCUGACAGCAUGUGAGACCUGAACCUUUGAAAUAAUAUAAACUGUAUGUAGCUGGAGACGCACUGCAUGACUUAUACCUAUUUUUUAAUCUUUAAUGUAAAAAGCAGAUCAGGACAAACCAAAGUCUAUCAAAGGAUUCCAGUGUGUAAAUACAUUCCAAUGAUAUUCCCAAAUACACGUUGUCCAUUUUUACUUUCUCAGCUUAUUCAGCGCGGGACCCACUGUGACUUAUUACUGUGAGCAAGACUCACUAAAACUGACCCUUAGUUUCAUAUGAUAUCCUAGUGGGAACAGGCCCGUAGUUUCAUUUAGGGAUUUGAGACAUUUCAUAUGAUGCAAAUAUGAAUAUAGAAAUUCCACUUAAUCAACUGACAGCUUACAUGGAGUGCUGACAUAUUUAUUCUGUUGUGUAUUUAUUUUUCAAAGGGAAUAUUUGGGGAGCAGCACAAUUUUCAGAAGCUAAACUGUUUACUGCAACAUUUCCUUGUUUUAUUGAACCACAUUCAUUAUUAUCUAAAGACAUUAAUAACCCUGUUAGAGCUGCAACUAGCAAUUAUUUUAAUAAUAUUUUAAUCUGUUGAUUUUUUUUUUUUUUUUUUGGUCAGCAUUUCUAAGGCCGAGAAUGCACUUUCACACUUUUGUUUUCUUACCUUUUAAGACUGUUUUACCAAACAAAUAGUCAACAAAAAUACACAAAAGACCAGUUCUCUGGUCAACAUGCUGAGCCACUGGGCCGGCAUAAAUCAGUUUCAUCCACCUCAGUUAUGAUAUUAUACUUGAAUAUGACCCUUUGUGGGUGGUUUGUUCAUCACAAAAUGUGCAAUCUGAUCUGUUCUCAUAGCUCUUGUUGUAGAUUUGUAUGCAUUGAAACAGUACAUGUGUUUUCUGUGCAGUAUGUACUGUAUGCACACUAUAUGAGGGUGCAAUAGAAUGUAUAUGGGAUUUUUUAUUUUAUCCCACAAUGACAAUCUUAUUAUAAUCAGACAACAGAAUAUGUGGCCUCUAGCUGUACUGUGUGCGUAAUAUUUCAUCAUUCCUUUUCCUUUUUUUUUUCCUUGAGUUUCCAUAUAUUACAUGUAUUUAUUUUUAUUUUCUGUAACCUGUGGAAAUAUGGGACCUGUGAUCAUGACAACUGUAACAAGGUAACUGUAAUAAAAUACAUUUUAAAGAAAACUGGCUAACCU